GAACAGUGAAGUGAACGUUUAGUUGUCGCGAGAAAGUGUGGUGAUGUGGUCCGAAGAAUUUAAUUUUGACAGUUCGUUUUAUUUAUAUCCGUAAUAAUAGAUAAAAUGUUACAGAUGUUUACCUGAAAGUAUGGAAAAAUACCCGUUAAGAAAAGGUAUUCAAAGUAGUACACAACCAAAGCAAAGACCUUCCUAUCAAUCGGUGGGCGUUAAGUAUACGAAAGGCGCCAGGUCGUCGUUUUCCUCGCCAACGGAUGACGAUAUGACCGACAUCACGACGUCUGGCCAUUCGGAUCGUUCGACAAUCGGUCCGCAACCUGCAGAAGAUGAGGAUGGAAAUACAAAUUAUACUGCAUCGUUUAGUGGAAUGCAUGAAGCCGUUGAUAUCCCUGGAAUUGGUCAAUAUGAAGAUUUCCACACGAUCGAUUGGCAAAGAGAUAUCGCUAGGGAUCGAAUGCGCCACAGAUACAUCGUCAAAAAGAAACAAGAUUCAAUAUGGAACUUGAUAGAAGGAGCGCACGACGCGUGGUCUGGAUGGCUGUGUGUUUUGCUAGUCGGAGUAGCUACCGGUUUUGUUGCCGGAGUUAUUGAUAUUGGCGCCAGUUGGAUGACUGAUCUCAAAUUUGGAAUCUGCCCACAAGCCUUUUGGUUAAAUGAAGAACAGUGUUGUUGGUCGUCAGAAGAGACAUUCGAUACAGGAAAUUGUACACAGUGGGUUACAUGGGCGGAAAUAUUAGGACAAACAAGAUUGGGCGCUGGGUCCUAUAUCAUUUCAUAUCUUUUUUAUAUUGUGUGGGCGUUGUUAUUUGCCGCACUAUCAGCGUCGUUAGUUCGAAUGUUUGCCCCAUAUGCGUGCGGAUCUGGUAUACCUGAGAUUAAAACAAUAUUAAGCGGAUUUAUAAUAAGAGGUUAUCUAGGAAAGUGGACGUUAAUAAUAAAAUCGGUCGGUUUAAUUUUAUCGGUAUCGUCUGGGCUCAGCUUAGGUAAAGAAGGUCCAAUGGUCCAUAUAGCAUGUUGUAUAGGUAACAUUUUAUCGUACCUAUUUCCGAAAUACGGAAGAAAUGAGGCAAAGAAACGUGAGAUAUUAUCAGCAGCAGCAGCCGCGGGGGUAUCAGUAGCGUUCGGAGCUCCAAUUGGAGGAGUACUCUUCAGUUUGGAAGAAGUUAGCUAUUAUUUUCCAUUGAAAACCUUAUGGAGAUCAUUCUUCUGUGCUUUAAUCGCUGCCUUCGUACUGAGGUACAUUAACCCGUUCGGAAAUGAGCAUUCAGUGCUAUUCUUUGUCGAAUAUAAUAAGCCUUGGAUAUUUUUCGAACUAAUUCCGUUUAUUGGAUUAGGAAUUAUUGGAGGAGUUAUUGCAACUGCUUUUAUUAAAGGAAAUUUAUACUGGUGUAGAUACAGAAAAUAUUCUAAACUUGGACAGUAUCCAGUCACGGAAGUUUUGGUUGUUACUGCAAUCACCGCUAUUAUUGCUUACCCAAAUCCUUACACAAGAAUGAAUACCAGUGAACUAAUUUAUUUAUUGUUUAGUCAGUGCGGAAUUUCAAAUGCAGAUAAUGUAUGUGAUUACAAUAGAAAUUUCACUGAUGUAAAUUCCGCUUUAGAAUUAGCACCAGCUGGUCCAGGAGUAUAUAACGCAAUUUGGUUACUAAUUCUAGCCUUAAUUUUGAAAUUAGUAAUGACCAUUUUCACAUUUGGUAUGAAAGUCCCUUGCGGUCUUUUCAUUCCCAGUCUUUGCCUGGGCGCGAUAGCGGGGAGAAUAGUUGGAAUUGGAAUGGAACAGCUUGCGUAUAAUUAUCCAAAAUUGUGGAUAUUUAGCGGUGAAUGCUCAACGGGUUACGACUGUAUAACGCCCGGAUUAUACGCUAUGGUAGGCGCGGCAGCUGUUCUUGGAGGAGUGACACGAAUGACGGUGUCGCUUGUGGUUAUUAUGUUUGAAUUAACUGGUGGGGUGCGCUAUAUCGUUCCUUUAAUGGCAGCUGCGAUGGCUAGUAAAUGGGUUGGAGAUGCAUUAGGAAGACAGGGUAUUUAUGAUGCUCAUAUAGCUCUGAACGGGUAUCCGUUUUUAGACUCGAAAGAUGAAUUUGCUCAUACAAGUUUAGCUGCAGAUGUAAUGCAACCUAAGAGAAAUGAAACAUUAGCUGUAAUAACUCAAGAUUCAAUGACUGUCGAUGAUAUAGACGGUCUAUUAAAAGAAACAGAGCACAAUGGAUAUCCAGUUGUAGUAUCUCGAGAGUCGCAGUAUUUGGUGGGAUUUGUCUUGAGAAGGGAUCUUAAUCUUGCUAUUGCAAAUUCUAAAAGAAUGGUGGAUGGUAUAUGUGGGCAAUCAUUAGUGCUCUUUACAAGCGGCAACCCACCCCAGACUUUGGGACCACCCCAUUUAAAAUUAAAGAAAAUAUUGGAUAUGGCUCCCAUAACAAUAACAGAUCAAACCCCAAUGGAGACUGUUGUAGACAUGUUUAGGAAAUUAGGUUUAAGACAAACGCUGGUCACUCACAACGGUCGUUUGCUUGGAGUUAUAACGAAGAAAGACGUAUUACGACAUGUCAAACAAUUAGAUAAUGAAGAUCCCAACUCGGUUUUAUUCAACUAGAUCAUUAGUAUUGUGUACACAUAUUAUUGUAUAUUAAUUGUUAAUCGAUAUAACAUUUUAUGUAUCUAUCAUUAUCGUGUAUCCUAUUGAAUUGAUAAUAUGUAUUUAUUUUAGUAUUUC